AACGAGCAGGAAGCGAUGGAUUCACAUGCGAUCCGGUUAGGGUUUUGUGCUGCAUGUGAAAUAUUUCGCGGGGUCAAGACGAAACACCAACCAACCCUCCUCCACAGCAUAAGCGGAAUAUAAAUACUGAGACGUAAACUCGUUUUCCUUGGUCCUGCCCACACUCUCUUUCUUUUCUCUUUCUUUCAAUACAACAACAACAACAACAAAACAUGGUUAAAGUUACUGUUUGCGGUGCUGCUGGUGGUAUCGGUCAACCCCUUUCUUUGCUCUUGAAGCAGUCCGAGCUUGUCUCGCACUUGUCCCUUUACGAUAUUGUCAACACUCCCGGUGUUGCUGCUGAUCUCAGCCACAUUAACACCAAGUCCAAGGUCACUGGCCACGUUGGUGCUGACCAGCUCGAGGAGGCUAUCAAGGACUCGGACAUUGUCGUGAUCCCAGCUGGCGUUCCUCGCAAGCCUGGCAUGACCCGCGACGACUUGUUCAAGAUCAACGCUGGUAUUGUCCGUGGCUUGGCCACUGCUGCUGCCAAGUUCGCGCCCAAGGCUUUCAUGUGCAUCAUCUCCAACCCCGUCAACUCGACUGUCCCUAUCGUUGCCGAGGUCUUCAAGAAGCACAACGUCUAUGAUCCUCGCAGAAUCUUUGGUGUCACAACGCUCGACAUUGUCCGGGCUUCGACUUUCAUUGGUGAAUUGAUCGGCAAGAGCCCCAAGGAUGUUGAAUGCAAGGUUCUCGGUGGCCACAGCGGAAUCACCAUCCUGCCCUUGUUGUCGCAGGUCCCUGGCACCGACAAGUUGUCUCAGGAACAGAUCGAAAAGGUCACCAACCGUAUUCAGUUUGGUGGUGAUGAGGUUGUCAAGGCCAAGGAUGGUGCUGGUAGCGCCACCUUGUCCAUGGCCUUCGCCGGUGCUCGUUUCGCUUUGAACGUCAUUGAGGCUGCCGUCAACGGUACUUCCGUCACCGAAUGCACCUACAUUGACUUGGCUGCUGCUGAUGCUGACGCUGUCCAGUCGGUCAAGGAAGCCACUGGCGACGACUCGCUCACCUACUUCUCUCUUCCCGUCGAGUUGGGUCCCAAUGGUGUCAAGAAGGCUUUCCCUAUCGGCUCUCUCUCUGAUUACGAAAAGACCCUGUUCACUGCUGCCGGUGCUGAGCUCAAGGGCAACAUUGCCAAGGGUGCUGCAUUCGAGUAAAGUGCAACCUCAUCUACCACGACAUACGACACAUACAAACACACGCUCUCAAUUUCCUCUUUUCCUGUGCAUAAAAAAACAUACCAUACACUUCUUCCCCCCGAGCCGUUUAAGCCCUAAAAAGAAGGUCUAGCUGUACAUAUACGAUAUAGCAUGUCUGCCUUUUGUUUCAAACUGUAAAUGUAUCAAUAAAACUCCAAAUAUUACGGGAACAU